AUGGGCAUCCCAACUACCGCGAAGACCAGCCUGGAACCAGUGGCUUCAACUGGUGACUACGGUGUUGGUGGCGCUGCUUUCGUUCGGCUGAGAGGGCUGCCGUUCAGCUCUUCCCCGGAGGAUGUGGCUGCCUUCUUUGCAGAGUAUGGGGUGGCACCUGAGCACGUGAUCAUGGGCGCCGAAGGACAAACCGGUCGACCCUCGGGCGAAGCGUGGGUGCAGUUCUCUUCAGAGGCCAUGGCUGCUCAGGCCAGAAUGACUAAGGAUCGUCAAAAGAUUGGCAACCGCUACAUCGAGGUUGGAGCCUAA